ACAUCAACAAGCGAAGUUUUCACAUCACUAGAAAAUUUCCAUAUGUUUUUGACAUUUCGAGUUCGUUGAUGCUGUAACAAAUUUAAUUUUACGCUGAAGGAAUUUAGUUAAAAUUAAUUAAAAACAUGAUGCUUCUGCUGCGUAGGACUACCUCGUUGAGUAUACGAGUUCUCACAUCGCGUGUAGUCGGUGCACGCAAAUACAGCAGAGAUUACGAUUCGUCGGACGAUGAGAAGGAACCAAAAUCAAAACAAACGAAAACUAAGCAUGAUAACAGAAGUGAAAAGAAAUCUGCGUCUACACCAAGUACGACCGAUGGCGGCUCCGCCGAAGAGCCAGCCGUCACACGCCUCAAUCGUUUGUUGGCCAGCAUGCCCACAGAAAAUACCUAUUCAUUGACCAAUAAAAACAAUGUAAUAGCGCGCCCAGGAGAAGCACAUAAAAAACGAAAAGAGGCAUCGAAGCAAGAAAGUGCGUCUAAAGAUAUAUUUGUUGCUGCUAAGCGUGUAGCAUCUCUAGCGGGCGAUGGAGAACAAAAACAGCAAGUCGAGUCAGAGUUGUUAGCUAAAUUGCUAGGCCAUAAUCAAGAAGAAAAUGUUGAAGGCGUAACUAGUGGUGAUGCACCAAAGAAACCAGUCGCCGAAUUGAGUUUAAGCGAGCUAAUUGUGGGCAUGAAAAUCGAUCGUACUAACCAGCCCAAAGAACAAAGUCGUGGUGAGUUUGUGCGCCAUGCUAUAGCAGCGAAGACGCAGAAGCAACAGAAGCAACAAGGACAACCGCCUAGUGCGCGUAAAGAACGAAUACGUGAAGCAGCUACUUACACUGGUAGCGUAAACCUGUUUGGAUAUCAACCACUCGGCAUUUUUAAAAAUAAAGACAAACUACAAGAGUCGCCCGACAUGCUUAGCACCUGGGCACACUUGCAGCAAAACGAACUAAAAUUACUAGUAACACAUCCACCAGCAAACUACCUUGAAAAGUUAAUACUUUGGACAGAGCAAGGGAAAGUAUGGCGCUUCCCCAUCGACAACGAGCAAGACUUGCACGAUGAAGUGAAUGUUGACUUCUCUGAGCACAUUUUUCUCGAACAGCACUUAGAAGGAUGGUGUCCAGAAAAGGGACCGAUUCGUCAUUAUAUGGAACUGGUGUGUGUGGGUCUUUCGAAAAAUCCAUAUUUAACAGCAAAAGAGAAGAAAGAGCAUAUUCUCUGGUAUCGUGAUUAUUUUGAGGCUAAAAAAGAUAUACUUAAGGACUUGAUUACUCAAGAGAAGAACCAAGGAGAAGUUCAACAGAAGAAAGUGAAAGCUUAGUUUAAGCUGAAUGAAUGAGCAAAAGUGUUAUUAUAUUUUUGAUGCAAGCAAUAGUGGAAAUAUAAGAUCUGUUUUAACAAGGAAA